CAAUCCCUACAGCACGGAGGAAUAAGUCUGUCUGGCACGGCCAGCGGUCAGUAAGUAUGCAAAGGGAUCCGCUUAUAGUCGGGAACAUUGUUGGUGACAUCGUCGACUACUUCGACGCAUCAGCGCGGCUGAGGGUGCUUUACGGCAACCGCGAGAUCACCGUCGGGUCCGAGCUGAGGCCGUCGCAUGUGGCGAGCCAGCCGAUGGUCCAGAUCACAGGACUAUCCAGAUCAUUCUACACACUCGUGAUGGUAGACCCUGAUGCACCUAGCCCAAGCGACCCAUCGGAGAAGGAGUACCUCCACUGGUUGGUCACAGACAUACCAGAAGGAGGUGACGUGAGCCGUGGUAAUGAGGUGGUGGCGUACGAGAGCCCGCGGCCGACGGCAGGGAUCCACCGCUUCGCCUUCGUGGUGUUCCGCCAGACAGUGCAGCAGAUAAUCUAUGCGCCAGGGUGGCGCGCCAACUUCAACACGAGGGACUUCGCGGCGUUCUACAGUCUCGACGCACCGGCUGCCGCCGCCUACAUCAACUGCCAGAGGGAGGGCAGCUGCGGUGGCCGGAGGUACCGGUGAAGUUAAAUAAAUGCAUGUAUAUGUAGCCUCAUAACUUACAUUGUGUCUAUGGGGUGCAGUGUAUAUACUGCUAGUACUACCGUGUGUGCUUUGGUGCUCCAGAAGCACUGUGUUAUCCUUCUGUCGGUUAAUCAAAAAUAAAAAGAGAAUCUUCCUCAA